AUGGAGAGUCUUCCGGGAGCGGAGAAUCUCCUCCAUGGUCCAUUUCCGGAUAACCAGAAUUCAGCUGUGCCACAGCCGGACUCUGGUUCCGAGCAGUUCACCCAUACUCUCUCACGCUCAUCGUCACUUGCUCAGAAGAGAAUAUCUUCACUACCCCGUGCGCAGACGUCCCGCCAUGCUAAACGCCUGACUUUGAACUUCCCCAUCAAUCUGAACGAACCUGAGACACCCGAUUCCAACGUCACCUCACCCGGCUCCAUAACACCAGCCACACAGCCCUCAACUCGUCCCUCCCCCGCUCAGCCUCCGGGAACACCUAUGGCAUUUGAUGUCCCGGAUGAUGGCUAUGACUUCCUGCGGGCCAUUGCCUCGCAGGAGCGGAAGGUCAUGGAGCUUCGCGAGGAACUUACUCGCGCCGAAGCAGACCUAGCGACAAUUAAGAAGCAAUGGGCACUGUCUGAGAAGUCGAGGAAGCGCGCGGAGAUCAACCACGCGGAACCACUAAUGCCCCUGCGGUCGCCUGAUUUCCCAACACCCGAGGUUCCGAGCUCACAUGGCCGGGAACAGAGCAUGAGCUCUGUUACGAGCACAGUGUCACAGGAACGGAUGAGCCGGGAUCUAGACCGGACUAAGAUUGGGAGCAAUGGUCGGCGAGUGUUUCACGGCACACAUACACGGACUUUGUCUCUUUUGUCGCCAGUCUCAGGUCCCAGCAUUUCUUCCCGCGGAGAACCAGGUCUCUCAGAUGCUGAACGUGUGGGUCGCACCCCACGCUCUGCGACACUACCAUCUGUCGACCGCAGUAAUGCAGCUUUGAUGAGUGCACAGUUAGACGAGAGCCAGGUACCGGAACAUCUACUGGCACAGUGGCAAAAGACGCUUCCUCCUCCUUCCCGGGAGGCCUUGGUGCGCACCGGCAAGCAAAUGGCAUCCGAUCUGCGCGAAGGUCUGUGGACAUUUUUGGAAGAUAUCCGACAAGCGACUGUGGGCGAGGAAGGAAUCAACGGCACGCAAACGCGAAACACAUCAUCCACCUCAUUGGCACCGCCAAAUGGUCGCAAGCGGGAUUCUUUGGCGAAAUCCCGGAGUCGAGAACGGUUGCUAGCGGACGGCAAGCUAUCACGGUCAUCGUCGUCAUCGUCUUCGCGGGGGAGGGGGCCAGCGGCCGAGACAAAAACUGGUAAAGACACCAAGCCGGCGGAAAUUUCCACAUCUUUCUGGAACGAAUUCGGCAUUGAUACACCCGCUCAGAAGUCUCCGAACGCUCCGCGCACCCCCUCCGGCAACAAAGCCGCCAACCGAAACGAGGCGACCGAAACCGAACAGCGCGACCACCCCUCCAGUAAUUCUAUCGAUGCGCAGAAUGAAGACCUCGACGACUGGGACAAUUGGGACACGCCCAUAUCAGCGCAGAAGAUGCACACGCCCUCAUCCAGCCGAUCAACAGUCGCAUCCAAACAUGAUCAAUCGCCCACUACACAGGGUAGUAGCCCUCGAACCAGCGCUAGCUUUGGCGAUUUGAACCCGGCUUCCUCUGCGCUUGAACCUAGUGCCUCUGAAGGCAUUCCCUGGCCUGCAAUUACCAAGCUGGCUCCCUCGAAACUUCAACGUACUGCAUCCAAUCUGAUGGCAGAAUGGGAGCGCUCGCUGUCGCCUUCUCCAGAGCGAACUGCCUCUCCUUCGCUUAGUCGCAAGGACAGCAAGAAGGACUAA